UAUUUACAGCGGUGUAGCGUCUCGAAGAUCUCGCGUUUCGCGCCGCGUCCGUUAACCGUCACUGACGUCGUCCUCGACCAUCCUAACGUUCAAAAGUAAAUAUCUCAUUGUUCCCGUUUCAAAAUGGCGAAUUUGGGUCUGUUAUAUCUCGGACGCUGAGGCUUCGGAGGGAUCUUCGCGCGGGACGGUCCCUCAGCUAGCGGGUGGCAGCGCGACGGCCCGCCCGGGACCGGCUCCGGCCGACCGCCGGCGGAGGUUGACGACCUAUCGAUUUUUUUGUCUGCGACCUCUCGUCGUCGGGCGGGCCGGUGUCGGCGGCCGAGGAGGCCGAGACGCUCCGGGCUCGGCGGAGGCGGGCUGGUGUCGGGCGCCGCACGUCGCCGCGCCGCUCCGCGCCUCGUCGCGCCGCGCUUCGUGUGUCUCGCCCGUCAUCAGCUGAGCGCCGCGCCACCAUGGCAGAAUAUCAUGGGCAAAGUAUGGACGCUGGCGGGAAUAAUUUUGACUCCGGUCAGCAGCCACAGGAGCAGGAGUUGGCGACGAAGAUGCUGCAGAUCCAGUCGAAGCGGUUCUACCUGGACGUGAAGCAGAACCGGCGCGGACGGUUCAUCAAAGUGGCCGAGAUCGGCGCGGACGGGCGACGCAGCCAGAUCUUCCUGGCGAUGUCGACGGCGGCGGAGUUCCGCGACCACCUGUCCAGCUUCAGCGACUUCUACUCCUCGCUGGGCCCGCCCAACCCCGACAACGUGCCCGACGACGGCAAGCUCAAGUCCGAGAUGAUGCUUAAGGACAACCGGCGCUACUACCUGGACCUGAAGGAGAACUCGCGCGGGCGCUUCCUGCGCGUGUCGCAGACCAUCACGCGCGGCGGCCCGCGCUCGCAGGUGGCGCUGCCGGCGCAGGGCAUGAUCGAGUUCCGCGACGCGCUCACCGACCUGCUCGACGACUUCGGCACUGAUGACGGAGGGUUCAAGGGCGAGCUGCCCGAGGGCCGGCACCUGCGCGUCGACAACAAGAACUUCUACUUCGACAUCGGCCAGAACAACCGCGGCAUCUACAUGAAAGUCAGCGAGGUGAAAAGUAACUUCCGCACGGCGAUCACGGUGCCGGAGAAGUGUUGGACGCGGUUCCGCGACAUCCUGGCGGACUACUGCGACAAGAUGUGCCGCGCGCACCAGCCCGCUGACUCGCACCAGACGGGGGCUAGCGGCGCGGGCUUGGCGGGCUACGCGGGCGGGGCGGGCGCGGGCGGCGCGGGGGGCGACCAGUCCGCGCCGCUCUCCUCCAACAUAGACACAUUCACGGGCAGCGCGCCGAACCGGAUUUGAUGCGAGCGCGGCAGCGCGCGGUACUGAGCGCGCCGGCCGCGGGGCGCCGGGCGCCGGGGCCCGCGCGCUGCGCCCCGGCCGCCGGGCCCCGGCCGCCGGGCCCCGGCUCGCGCGGGCAGCCCGCGGUCCCUCACUAUCAUAAUAACAGCCGCCCCCGGGCUGUCCGCACGUCCCACGUCCCAUGAAAACUGAUGCUUUAUUAUUAUGUGUAUAUAGUAUUUUAUAUGAUUAUUAUGUAGUAUGUUAUAUAUUUGGCGCUACGACGAGGCGCGGGCCGCUCCGCGCCUGCGCUCCGCUCUCACAUGGUACUAAUGAUGUUUGCACUUUGACAAUUUUAUUUCUUGUUGAUCAUUGUAUUGGUGAUAGGUUACGUCGCCGCGUCGCGCGUAACACACACUACACAACGUUCGUGGCCUUUUAAUCUAAAUUAUUACUCGACCGCUCCUCCGAGAGGGCGGCACUAUUUUAUUUCCCUGAAAAAAAAAACUAAUUUUAGACGGCUUUGAGCUUUAUUUUUAAAUUAUCACUUGAUUAUUUUUUUCUAAUUUGUGUAAAUAGUUUUCGGCACAUGAUAUCGAAAAUAUGAAGUGGAACGAAUGUUGAUACACUAUAACGAGAUGGAGUUGUAAUUCCAGAAUAUAAGUCAUAAUUAUUUUUGUUAAGUUAUAUGAUAUUAAGCAGCCAGGAGACAUCAGUACGUCGUAUGUUUGGUAUUAUUCGCUGACUAGGUAACGGAAAAACCUGGCUUGUCAUAUUCAAAUAAAAUAAAAACUAAAAAAAAAGUUAAAAUUUGCCCACUUAUCUAGUUUGUAGGUGUAUGUGUUUUUUUUUAAUAUGGAUUAUUUAAUGAUGUGGUUUUUGUCUGUUGACACUGAGAGACGACAGCACGGGUGUGUGCGGGGAUCCGGCACCGGGUGUUUACAGGGCUCGUAGUAGAACUCGAAUCAUUAGGCUAAUGACGCACUGCUGUGAUAUUCAUAGGCGUACGAUCCGACGGAUUUAAAAUGUUGUAACGUAUGAGGCGGACGCGGCCGCGGACACGUCCUACUUGUUUGCUAGCUUUACGAACGUUCGAUUCUAAAUUGAAGAAUUUAUUGGCUCCGGUUCAAAAUUUUUGGUGUCAAAAUUAUUCAUUGGCAAAUUUACAUUUUAGGCUGGUUCGGUCACUCGCUGCUAUUUAGUAUACUGUCGGUCUGACCCACCGAGCGUCGCCCGAGGCCCGGCAGUCAGCCGGCCGGUCAGACGGUGUGGAACAAUGAGCGAGAGAGCUGCGUGAAGCUGUGAUAUUGACAGUGGCAGCGAGUGUCCGCACUAGCGCCGCUCGGUUGGCGUCGGGCUGGGUAGCGACGCUGGGUGGCGGUGCCGCGGCGGUAUGUAAGCACCCUGUGCGAGUGUGCGUGCGUGUGUAUAUAUGUAUGUAUAUGAGUGCGCGGGACGCAGUAGUAUAAGUCAGCACUACACCAGGCGUCGGCGGUGCCUUUAAACUUACUUUAUUAAUGUAUUUAUGCAUUUUUUUUGUUUUUCCUUAUUAUCAUUUUUUAUUAUGACUACAUCACUCCGGAGGUUUCACCCUUUAUUGGUAGCUCUAGGCGUACCGCAAGGCGGUCGCAACAUCCGCUCAGCUUUAUAUUGAGUAAACACUAUUGUACGUAUUCAGUAUCAAAUACUGGAGUUAUUUCGUUGUUGUAACUGUCAUCUGGAACCAGUUACAUGCGUAUGUCGGCGUUUCAAUGUAUCUCCUAAUGUGAAUAAUGCAAUAAAAUGUACGUUGUGUAUCUAUGGCCUGAUAUAA